AUGCCAGCUCCGUUCGGCUUUUCGGUUGGAGACUUUGUGACUGUGAUCCAGCUCACAGGCAAGAUAAUCUCCGCACUCAAGGAUGUUGGGGGCUCCUCUUCAGAGUACCAACAUGCCGUGAUUGUACUCGAAAGCCUCAAGCGGCUGCUCGAAAAAGUGACACAACUUAUCAUCACAGCAGAAAAUAAAGUCCAGGUCAAUGCCCUUCGUGGCCUGGCUCUGGCUUGUGAGCCUUGCCUCCAAGAAUUCCACAGGAAGCUCAAGUCUUACGAGGCGUCUAUUGGUCCUUUCGCCCCGAAGGGCCGCCUCAAGGGGACCUACCAUAAGGUCAAAUGGGCUUUUCUGGGUUCUGAAGAGUUCAGCCAGUUCCGCAAAUUCAUUGCUAUGAAGGUGCUCUGUCUGAGCCUGCUGCUUUCCAUGCACAUAUUUGAAUCUACCUCAAAGAGAGAUGCAGAGGAACAAGCAGGACGCUUCAGCCUCGUCGACGAGAUCACAAAAAUCCGAGAAAGCAUGGAAAGACUCGAGCUUAGGAAUCAGCAAGGUGUCCCUAAGCUUGAUUACCAGGCCAGCUUGCAGCCGAUACAAGACAAGGUCGAAAAUAUUGCUGAGAGACUGGAGAGCAACUUGCCUCCUAUUAUCGACUUUCUCGGCUCCUUCCAGCGAGAGACGAAGAAUGCGCUUCAAAGGAUCAUUCAGACCAAUAUGCAGAUAUAUGCUUUACUCCUAGCGAGUCUGUCUAGCCCGAGCACUGGUCCAUCAAUGCCCUCCGACUUCAUUGUGUUUGAAGAUGCUCUUGGCAGGACCAUUUCGCUUCCCUAUCAAUGGUUCCGUCAUUGGGAGACCUUCGAAGGCCUGCUCCGCGCCAAGUUCAAGGGCGUCCCUGGCGAGACUAAAGUAUUGGAAGGACAAUACCACUUGAUCGAGACCAAAGAUCCGCUGGCAGGUAGGGCUGUGCCCACGCCCGAGCUGCGCAGAGCCACGAAUCGAAUUGGAACAUCCCCAAAUGUUAGCAACAUGUAUUAUCCAUCUCGGGAGAGGUUCCAAGGCCAAACGAGGCGUUUGACAGUUCUCACAGAAGACGAUAAAGUGAUGUGGUCACAGAGCACUGAAGACCUAGAAGUGUUCGGAGCUAGACCGUCACCCAAGGACCCUGAAGAAACGGCCGCCAUUCUAGCUCUCUUGGAGCCCGCAGAUACGACAACAGCCAACGAUGAUUUCAUGACUCUAAACAGUGCCACAGAAGCGGCCCCUCGGACUGAAAAGCCUCCAACCUCGCCCAAAUUGACCAUCGGACCUGUUGUGCAAAAGCUUGUGGCGGAAACGAUCCAGAUUUCGGACGACUUACCAUCGGAUUUCCAAACGCCAUUGGAUAUGUGGCUUGCGCAGACCGAGUUGGUUGGCCUCGACCCCAAUGUGAUAGCCGACACGCCGUUGUCUGAUAUGACAGGUCGCGACGAGGAAGCCUCGGAAAUUGAACAUUUCAAACGUGUGCAUAUCAAGCAAUGGAACAAGAAUCCGGACGGCGGCAAUGACACAGGAAAGGUCGCGGUUGACCCGAAAUGGUCGGCGGAAAUCGACGAAGCAAUCUACCACCGCAACAUUUCUGACAGAUUUCCCUUACUGCCGUCGUGGCUAGCUGAUCGCCUGGCGAAGCUCAAUGUAAAAAGGGCGAAAAGACUCCCGCGCGCCUAUUACGCACAAGCCUCCUCAUCGCACGACGGAGACGGCGCCGAUCUCGACUAUCAUCUCCCUUAUUUCGCCAUAGACCUCCAACACAUGAACUGUUACUUUUGCGACAAAGCCCUGUCAACAACGGAUGGAUUCAUAGCGCACGUCGGUCAACAUCUGGAGCGCAUCGCAUUCGCAGUCCUCGCCAAACCAUAUCAGAAGUGGCACUUUUACGACGACUUGGCGUCUGAAUGGUCGUCCGCAUCUCCUGUAAAGCUGAGUCCUGAAAUCGGUCGUCUCGUCAGUAACAAUUCUGUCGCCACUGUGAAGCAACUGCUCAAGGAUGGUAUCCUCACGAAGACGCUCUGCGGAAACAGCGCCAUAUGGCUAGCCUCUCAGCAUGGUCAUGAAUUGAUCGUAUGGCUCCUGAUACAAUACGGGUUCGAUGUGAACGAAAGGGAUCAGUUCUACGGAGGAAGGACUGCACUCCAUCAUGCUGCCGAAGCCGGCCACGCCCCAGUCGUCAAAAUUUUGUGGGGAGCGUAUCCAAAAAGAGGUUGUCUGGACGACUUGCACUCUGCCUGGAUCGCCGCAGCAGAAAAAGGACAUUCUGAAUGUCUAAGAGUUUUGAAAGCCAUUUUUGAGGAGGUUUACUCCGGAAAUCGAUCCACGCCUGUGUUUCAUCCCUCCUAUGUCGCGCAAUGGGUUUGCGAUGGGGUUGAGGCCGCCAUUGAUAAAGGUAUGCAGAAGUCAUUUGAAGAGGUGACCGCCUACCAUUGGAGUCCUCCAACAUUCACAGAUGAGAUACGAUCCAAGGCAGCCUCAAGAACAAUCUAUUGGGUCUGGCUAUCACUCCGAAAUAGCUCUCUCAGCCACCUCAUACUGUCAAGCCCCUGGCUCGAGCGAGACUGGCUUCCUACACAUCUUUCCUUCCCUGACGGGCUCACUGAUGAAUUCGUCAAGGAGACCAGCAACCCUGUCCUUAAGAUACUGAAUUUAUCUGCCGAUAAAUACCAGGGUACUAGGGAUUCAACUGAAUCUGAUGUCGACCACUUGCAGAUACUUCUAAAACAACAUCCCGAGCUCAUCCAGUUGAUAUACUUAGAUCUUGCCAGACAUGGACUUCGCAAAAGUCUGCUUGUGCUGCUGCAAAGGGACUUACGUCCGCAUCCAAGAACCCUGUCGACCCUGGUACAACAUCAUUACAGUGACUCUGUGGAAUAUUUGCUCCAGAACUUCUUGUCACAUUUUAGAGAGACUGACAGAGUCGAGGCGCUUGACUUUGCCGUCCAGCUCAACAAGCUCAGGGUUAUUGAGGCACUUAUCAAAGCCGGCGCUCUCCCGACUUCGCCCUCCGCCGCAGCAGACCGCCUACUAUCGACGUGUAUUCGGUACAAAAACGAAGUCUUGCUUGAGAAAUUACUCGACCAGCCUAGCCCGCCAUUUUCUGCCGUCACAAUAGCUGAUGCAAACCGCAGAAUCAAGCUUUUCCGAGCUCUGGAAGUUAUGCGCAACAGGUUGUUAUCACGCAUCGCGCCUACACGUGACUAA